CAAGGGUCAACACCUCAAGCGGCGCCCUCCUCAUCUUGCGCCUCGUGUAUCUGCAAUAACCAGCAAGUACCGCUCGUUAGAGAUCGCCUAGGGCACACACACCACACACACACACACAGAUACACUGUAGACGUGAAGGCGGCCGCGCGGCAGAGAUGCCCCGGACCCAGACGCGGACAGCCUGCGAGCGCUGCCGCAAGAAGCGAGCAAGAUGCGAUGGCGGAAGCCCGUGCAAGCGAUGCCAAGACGCCCACGAGUGCUGCGUCUACGACCUCGGCUGGAUGCAGUCCAAGGCGAUGCUGCGCGCGCGCGUGGAGGAGCUCCAAAGGACCAACCUAGAAAACAGGUCCCAGAUCAGGGCCCUUCAGAGCACUAUCCGGAGCAUCGUGGGCGAGUGUGAAGACGAGGGCAAGCCGGUGGGGGCGGCUGACGGCAGCAAGGAGGCUGAUGACAGCCCCGGCCUAUGGUCCGCCGAGUGCAACACACCGGCAAAGACUCCGGAUCCGUCCACCAUCCUGUCUCUACCGCCACGUCCGCUCGACGUCUACGCCUCUCAGUCGCACUUGGACGUUUGGACCCGGACCGGCUGGACCGUGGCCCACAUCCGCCACCUGUUCGACGUGCUGGGCACCUGGGACUCGCUGGCCCUGUGCCUCCUGUCCAGGGACGUCUUCCUCCGGGACUACCAGAACGGGUCGGGCCGCUUUUGCUCGUCCGCCUUGGUGCACGCGCUCCUGGCGCUCUCUGCACGGCUGGUCAACGGAGCCAGCGACAACAAGGACGUCCUGCCGUCGCGCUGGGUGGGGAGCAAGAUAUUCAGCGACGAGGCGGCGGCCAUCAUCGAAAACGACCGACACCGCAGCAACCUGCCCAAUGUGCAAGCUCUCGGGGUCCUUUCGCUCUACCGCCUGCGCCUGGGGCAAGAGGCAGACGCACUGAGGCUUGCCGAGGCUCUUCUUGCCGGCGUCACGGAGCUCUGUCAGUGUGGACAGUCCGACGGCGACCAAGCCGAAUACACCAAGGCGCUGGCCACGACGUACUGUAGCGCCGUGUCCUUGGUACGCAUGCUGUCCCUGACGACGGGGAGACUCUUUGACGGACCUGACUACCCGGGUGACGGCGCCUCAGCGUUGCAUCAGCUGUCCAUUGGCGGCGAGUACGACAUUGCCGCAACGUUCCGCCACUUGCCGACCCGCAACUCGCAACUCCUCUCAGCCAAGCUCUUCUUGCUCACUGAGUGGGUGUACAAGUUGGCCUUUGCGGCUCGGGCAGGCGAGCCGGGCGUCUGGGCCAGCGUGGUACCCGUGUAUACAAAGUGCCUGGAUUGGUAUUCGGGCCUGUUCGAGCUGCUCGUCGCCGACGAGGGCCGGACGCCGUUUGCGCUCUUCAUCCACAUGUACUACCACUUUUGUCUCCUGUGCCUCUUCAAGCCGUUCCUGGGCACGGCGCCCAAAGAGGUGUCCGAACCGCGGCCCAUCAAGAUAUGCGCACAGGCGGCGCAGUCGAUCCUGGCGCUGGCCCAGUCACACGACGACCUCUUCACACUGCAGCGUGUUUCGGGCUUCGUGCCGUACUUUGUGUGCGCGUCGGGCCUGCUGGGCGUGGCCAUGGACGAGAGCGGAUCGCGCAUGAACUCGGUGCACCUGCGCCAUGAGGACGCCGCGUCGCUGAGCAUCGCCGCCGCCGCCGCCACCGCCACCGAGGACAACCCCGUCGCGACGCGCAUGUCGGAUGACAUCGGCCAGAGGCCUUUUCCGGCCUUUGUCAAAAUAUCGGCACCGCGACACGCGCUGCUACUGCUCGCCAAGAUUGGCCUCACACAUCCGGCGGCGCGGGCCGCCCACAGACUGCUUCUGGAUGAGAAGGGCACACCGUCGAGCCACAGUCCCUCAUUAUCUUCGACUUGAGGGCGAGGCGAAUAUUCGACGGUGGGAUGGAUGCAGGGGGGGCUUUGGGUUCACAAGCCUAUCGAGAUGGUUGCGGAGGGCAGCUUGGUGAGUGAAGGUAGGAGGAGCGUUUACAACGGAGAAUUUGACUUUAUGAGGAAGUUGAGUUGAUGGCGGAACUGGUGGGGCUCGCACGGCAAGGAUCUGAGCUUGGCGCUCUCUGCCCUACCUUAUGUAUUUGGUUGCAGCAGUUAUAUGUCUACCAUUGAAGUCGC